AUGGCUACACUUGGAGAUUUAGGGGUUGGAGCAGCCAUCAAUAUUCUUAGCGCAUUCCUUUUCUUUGUAGUAUUGCCAUUCUUAGGCUUCAACCCUUCAAUGAUAGGGUGUACUUUCCAAAAUGCUGCGUUGAAGAUGCCGGAACCGGAGCUUAUUGAUCAUGCAGGAUUGGAUUCUGCAGUUUACUUACGGAUAUAUUUGAUAGGGCUUAAAAUCUUUGUUCCUAUAGCAUUCCUCGCAUGGGCUGUUUUGGUACCAGUCAACUGGACAAAUAGCACUUUGGAUCUAGCAAAGCUAGCCAAUGUUACUUCCAGUGACAUUGAUAAGCUCUCAAUUUCAAAUGUCCCAGCUAAAUCACCAAGAUUCUGGAGUCAUAUAGUGAUGGCUUAUAUCUUUACCUUUUGGACAUGCUAUGUGCUGCUGAAGGAGUAUGAGACUGUUGCCAAAAUGCGGUUGCAUUUUCUUGCAACAGAGCAGCGCCGACCAGAUCAAUUUACGGUCCUUGUUAGAAAUGUUCCACCAGACGCAGACGAAUCUACAAGUGAGCUUGUGGAGCACUUUUUUCUGGUCAACCAUCCAGAUCACUAUCUUACACAUCAGGUGGUAUACAAUGCCAAUAAACUUGCGAAGUUGGUACAGAAGAGGAAAAAGAUGCAGAACUGGCUUGUCUACUAUCGGAAUAAAGUUUCUAGAAGUAAAAAUUCAACAAGGCCCUUAAUGAAGACUGGUUUUCUUGGGCUUUGGGGAACUAAAGUUGAUGCAAUUGAAUAUUAUGAAACUGAGAUUGAGAAAUUGUCAAAUGAUAUAGCUGAAGAAAAGGAGAGGGUUGCAAAUGAUUCCAAGUCUAUCAUGCCAGCUGCCUUUGUUUCCUUUAAAACUCGAUGGGGUGCUGCUGUUUGUGCACAAACUCAGCAAUCCAGAGAUCCAACUAUUUGGUUAACCGAUUGGGCUCCGGAGCCACGUGAUGUAUAUUGGCCAAACCUGGCAAUUCCAUAUGUUUCACUCUCAGUUAAGAGACUAAUUAUGGGCGUUGCAUUCUUUUUUCUCACCUUCUUUUUCAUGAUCCCGAUUGCAAUUGUACAAUCUUUUGCAAGCCUUGAGGGAAUCGAGAAAGCAGCUCCAUUCCUAAAACCCAUUGUAGAAAUGAAGUUCAUUAAGUCAGUCAUUGCGGGUUUUCUACCUGGGAUUGCACUGAAGUUGUUUCUAAUCUUUCUGCCAACCAUAUUGAUGAUCAUGGCUAAAUUUGAGGGCUUUAUGUCUAAGUCUUCCCUUGAAAGGAGAGCCGCAUCUAGAUACUAUCUCUUCAGUUUUGUGAAUGUAUUCCUUGGGAGCAUUAUUGCUGGAACAGCGUUUGAACAGCUAGAUACUUUCAUUCACCAAUCAGCAACUGAGAUUCCAAAAACAAUUGGUGUUGCAAUCCCAAUGAAAGCAACUUUCUUUAUUACAUAUAUAAUGGUUGAUGGAUGGGCUGGUAUAGCUGCAGAGAUUUUGAUGUUGAAACCACUGAUAAUAUUCCAUUUGAAGAAUUUCUUCCUGGUUAAGACCGAUAAGGAUAGGGAGGAGGCAAUGGAUCCAGGAAGUAUUGGUUUCAACACUGGAGAGCCUCGUAUACAGUUGUAUUUCUUACUAGGCCUUGUGUAUGCUACAGUGACACCAGCCUUACUUCCGUUCAUAAUUAUCUUCUUUGGCCUGGCUUAUGUUGUUUUCCGUCAUCAGAUCAUAAAUGUUUAUAACCAGGAGUAUGAAAGCGCUGCAGCAUUCUGGCCUGAUGUCCAUGGUCGUGUUGUCUCUGCAUUGAUUAUCUCACAACUCCUCCUUUUUGGAUUGUUGAGUACAAAAGAAGCUGCUCAGUCAACACCGUUUCUCAUUGCACUUCCAGUGCUGACCAUAUGGUUCUAUAGGUAUUGCAAAGGUCGUUUCGAACCUGCAUUUGUGACAUAUCCAUUACAGGAAGCAAUGAUGAAAGAUACUCUGGAACGUGCAAAAGAACCAAACUUGAAUUUGAAAGGCUAUCUUCAGAGCGCAUAUGUCCAUCCAGUUUUUAGAGAUUGUGAUGACGAUGAAGACAUUGAGUCGAUUGACAAGGGUGAAAAUGAGAGCGUGAUUGUGCCCACAAAACGGCAUUCUCGGAGGAACACCCCAGUGCCUAGCAGAAUGACAGGUGGAUCCUCACCAUCUCUGCCUGAUGUUGUUGAAGACUAUGCACAGCCUUAA